AAACUGUCGAUUUGGAUCGAUGGUCCAAAUGUCAAGAGGAACAUUUUUUUGUGGAAUCGAAAUCAGUGAAUAAGUUCUUAAAGUUAAGGAAUUAAUUGUAUAAUAAAGAAAAUCCAACGAUCUGUUGAGAAAGAUAAAGGCAUUUCGUGUAUUCGUAUAUGCAACAAUUUACUAUAGAAACGGAAGACUUGGGGUCGCGUUUGGAAAACAUUGUUCGUUUGAUGGAUGAAAAUCGCGUAAUUUGACGUUUCUAUGUGUCAAACAACAUUCAAAAAACUAUUAUUUUACGAUAAAGAACGCUGAAUUUAGUGAGCCAUUUUGCCAUCCAUGGAAAAAUCGUGAAAAAUAAUCGUUUCAAUUGCUGCCUUUGAUUGCAAUGACAACAUCCAAAAUGUCAGACGACGAAUAUGAUUUCGACAAUCUUUGCCGUACAUGUUUAGCAUACAGCAGUGAUUUGCAAUCGAUAUUUGAAAUAUGUGCCUCAUCAACACUGCCCGUACAAUUAGACUCACUGAUUAUGUCGAUAACAAAAGUGGAGAUAAACCACGACGACGGUAUGCCGCAAAAGAUAUGCAAUUUAUGUAAAACGGCUGUGCAUCAAGCCUAUUUGUACAAGCUCAAGUGCGAAGAAAGUGAUUCGAAGCUACGGAAGUAUUUCCACAAAAAAGUUCACAAUCUGAACAUCAAAGAGGAGCUGCAAGACUACGGCAAUUUGGAUCAACAGGAUCUAUCGCUGGCUGACGAUCCAUUCCAACCGUCCAUUGAAGUGGACGUGAAUAUACUGAACGAUGGUACAGACGAUCGCAAAGAAAGCAUCAAAAUAACAACGAGACACAGUAGCAAAAAUGUCAGUGAGUCGUCAGAAUGUACGGUGUGUUUGAAAAGUUUCGAUGCGAAAACGUUAGCGAAACACAUGAAAUCGCAUUCGGCCUUCAAAUGUGAGACUUGUGAUAGAACGUUCGCUAAACAAAAUCACCUGAAUUUGCACAUGCAGACGCAUCUGAAGAAGGAAUACCAUUGCGACCAGUGCGAUGACAUCUUUUCCAACAAGAAGAGUCUGAAGACUCACGAAGCCACCGUACACCUGUCAUCAAGCCAUGUUAAGCGAAAAUCAGUCCAUCAAGCAUACACCAAAAAGGUCUACGAACAGAAAGCCUGCCAUGGAUCCGUUCAAGAACUCAGUAAAUAUGACGAUGACCUUGAAGAGCAAUACGAAAUCAUUAACGGCAGAUAUCAGUGCGGAAAAUGCGAUAAGUCACUGGUUGAUAGGCAAACAUUUCGAUUGCAUUUUCGCUUACAUUCUGGUAAAAAUCUGAAACGAUGUCCGAUUUGUGGCACCGGUUUCGCUAAAAACAAUCACUUAGACCGACACGUAGCGUUACACUAUGGCAGCACAUUCAAAUGUGAUGUUUGCGAGGAAAUGUUUGAUCAAUUCAAAAGUUACCGAUUGCACACGGCCAAUCAUUUGUCUCACGACAAAUCUGUGCAGGCAUCCAAAGUCUUAACGAAUGAAUCGAAUAGAAAUGAAAAGAUUUCACGUCGAUUGGAAUGCCAACUGUGUGAAAAGAUCUUCAGUAAAAAAAGUAAUCUUGAACGUCACAUGAAAUCUCAUGAGAAGAGGGACUAUCCGUGCAAUUACUGCGAUGAUAUAUUUGAUAAUCACAAAGAGAGACGCUUGCAUAUGAUUGAACAUGUCCACAAGGGUGAUGUGAAACGUGGUCGUCCGACUAAACAGCUCAAGCACAAUUCAACCAUGCACGAAUCGGCCUUCUGUUCUGGUCCCAACGGUGAAAAAUAUUGCGAAUGUAAACUUUGCGACAAAUCGUUCAGCAAAAUAUCGGCCCUCCAUGAGCACAUGGAUCAGCAUGUGAACAAUAUUCAAACUUUGGCUGACAUCAACUUCACCGAAAAAUUGGAUCUGUUCGACGGGCUCCAGUUCGAGGCUACCAAUCAGGAAAAUGACUUUCUGAUACGAUUCGUACACGACCAGUUGAGUAACGGUCACAAUGGACGAUUCUAUCAGAUUGUUAACAGCCAUGCAUGGGAAUUGAAUUUGUCAGAUUCGGAGACGGAAUCGGAAUCGGAAAUGUACAAUGGUAUGGGAAAGAGGUUCCGCAUGCAACAUCAAUGUUCAAAGUGUGAUCAGAUCUUUGAUCGAUCGUGGAAAAUUUUCGCUCACAUGAAAGCCGAUCAUGCGAACGAUGAAUUCGCCGAUAAAUGUACGCAUUGCCUUCGAAUCUAUCCGAAUUCGGUGUUGCUCACCAAGCAUUUGAAGAGACAGUGCGAAAAUCCGUUCAAGGCAUUCAACUGUAAUUUGUGCGGAGUGCGUUUCAUGUGGAAAAGCAGCUAUGAUUCACACGUUGAUAAGAUGCACGCAACGGAAAUGACCAAGGAGAAGACGAAAACGUUUACGUGUGAAAUUUGCGAAAGAACGUUUUUCCGAGCAGAGCAUUUAGAACGGCACAAGAAAAUCCACAUUCCGGCUGAAAAGAAAUUCUCUUGCGAUUUGUGUAAAAAGAAGUUUAACCGGAAAGACAACCUCAAGUCUCAUAUGCGUGUACAUAAAGAAGACAAGGACAAGGAGGAUGGUGACAAGCAUUUAUGUGUGUACUGUGGUCGUAGCUUUUCAAAUUCAUCAAAUUUAAUUGUUCAUAUGCGACGGCAUACUGGCGAGAAGCCGUACAAAUGUGAUUUGUGUGAUAAAGGUUUUCCUCGAUCGUCCGAUCUCCAAUGUCAUAGGAGAACACACACCGGAGAGAAGCCCUGUCUGUGUACAAUUUGUGGGAAAGGAUUUUCGCGGUCAAAUAAAUUAGUUAGACACAUGCGGAUACAUACCGGAAUUCGGCCUUAUAAGUGCACCUACUGUGACCGAGCAUUUACCCAAUCCAACGACCUUACGCUGCACAUAAGAAGACAUACCGGCGAUAAACCGUACGUAUGUGGCAUAUGUGGAGAUAGAUUCAUCCAAGGAACAGCGUUGCAAACACACCGUCGUUUACAGGGCCAUUUCGAAGAGAACCAACCGACACCGUUCGCCAGCAUCAGUGUGAACAAUCCGAAUCGGUACACCAAUGCCAAUCGUGUGAAUCGCAUCGGUACCGUUGGCCUUAACGUUGACGAAUUAAUCAAACAGGAGAAAUCUACCGUUAAUUCCGGAGCGACUAUGCAUGAAGUACAACCGUCGAGUUCGUCGCCAACGUCACAAUUGAAUCGGUCUGCUACAGCAACGGCAGCGUACAUACCAAAUGGUAAUCCGUAUUUGACAAUACAGAAUUUGGAUGUGACUCCCAUGUUGGCGAUAUCGCAUUUUCAAGGGUACAAUUAGCUAACAGUCGGCUGAGCACUGCGUUGCUCAAAAGAAUGCAUUUUAUCGGUUACAUUACUCUGUUCCACCGUGUGGUUGAAUUCCGAUUGUGUCUCACAAAACUAUUGCAAUAAACAGAGAGAAAUUACGAAAAGAGAA